UCUGCUGCUUUAUGAACUGGUGUGGAUGGAUGCAAAGCAACUGCCUCGGUGGAAGAAGGGAGUGGAGAGAGAGAGAGAGAGAGAGAGAGAAAGAGAGAUCUGACCAGGUACUACUACUGACAGAAGAAUCAGGAGAGUUCUUCUAAAUGGCUCACAUUGGGAAGGAAAACCAGCAAGAAGCCUUGCCUCCCGCAGAUCAGGCAACAAAAGAGAGUGUUGUGCUUGCGGCAAAUGCCUUCAGCAGCAGCAAGAUCCCUGUGCUAUCCAAAAGCAGGCUGGCACCCAAACAGCAGACAUGUGUAUCCAGUGGGAAGAGCAAAGCGAUCAAGGAUCCAAAGGUGCCUCACACCAAUUCAGCUCCUGCUGUUGGUGGAUUGGAACCGGUGGCCGCUUCGUUGCCCAAAAGCCUUUCCAGAGAACCUCUGGGGGAGGUACAUCUCAGCACAUCUGGUCACAGGAAUGAGGGCAACAGUUGUGCUGCCGAAAGAGAAGGCAACAGUGGCAGAGAAGGAACGGGCACAGAGGAGUUUGUGCCUGAUGUUGCAGCUCUUGCCAGCAUCUUGUCCAACACAGGGCUGAAUAGCCAGAUGAUGAAUGCAACCCACAAGCCCAGCCUGGCACGAAGAGUCCCUUUAAGAGGAAACAGAGCAUGCUCAGCCAGCAUUGGGACUACCCGAGGUUCUCUAUAUACAAAGUUUUCUUCAGGGAAUCCUGUUCGCUUUUCCUGUAUCUCCAGAUCAACUUCAAAAGAGGCAGAUCUCUCAAAGUCCUGUAGCCUUUCCAUGAACAACGAACAGCUUAAGACUUUGUCAAGUAGUCUCAAGAACCAGGGCCCCAGGAAGGAGCUGAUUCAGCGCAGACAUCCAGCAGAGGACCAGAGAGUGAUUAAGUUUGCACAUCCAGCAGCCAAGCCCAUUGCAGAAUGUAUGAGCAGAGUGACCCAGGAUGAUGAUCCAGUUCAAAGCAACUCAGCUGGGACAAAGGACGCCACAGGAUCAUCAUGGAAAGAUGAAGAGUUUGUACCAGACCCAGCUGCCAAAGCCAGCAUCCUCUCAAAUGAAGGUUUGAGUCGUUUUGCCAUAGGGGCCAAUGGCAAGCUGAGCAUGGCCCAGCGGGUGCUGGUGAAAGGUCCUCAGAAGACUCCUGUCACUUGUGGCCGCACUAGGGGCGAAAGUGACUUUUUCUUGGGGUAUCGUACUAGAGCAUCUUCGAUUGGAAAGUUUGGCCGUGUGUCUUGUCGUUCUCCUCAGGGUCUUCAAGGUCUAAAGCAGUCAUUGGCUUCUGGAGCCCAGCUAAUCAAUACACCUGGCAACAGAUUUACCUCUCUUGGCUGUUCAUCCUAUACUCCAGCGAGGAGGGUUCCCAUUACCUGUCCACAAUCCUUGCAUCGCACUCCUUGGACAUUUCGCCGUGGCCCUCUUCCCUUCUGCCAUAAGAACAUGAAGGUGGGUAUCCAACCUCCAGCAGAAAUGGAGCAGGGGGAGAUUGCUAUGCGCCUCUUCGAUGAUGAUGUGGAAGCGUCAGCUAAGAAGGUGCCUGCUGCUUCCGUGAUCACACCAGAAAUGGGGAAGCUCCAGUGUGUUGAGCUCCUUGCCCAACUCUUAUGCCGGGAGAUGAAUAGUGGUGAUGUUGAUCAGGUGGUUGCCCCAUCACUGAAAGAACUACACAAUCUGUUGUCUGCUCAUUGCUCACCUGCUUUGGAGACUGAACAGUCUACCUCCUUCAGCACACCUUCCCAGGACCCUACAACAAAUAUCUGCAAGCCUACGCCACUGCCUGAGGUUGUGGUAGCUCCUGAGACAACACUCGCCACCACUUCCAGCCAACAGCUCAGCUGCCCAACCUCCUGCAUGCCUUUGGCCCAGCGUCCCUCAUCCAGUACAAGUCGUUCAGACCACUUCAAACAGCGGCGGGCUGAUCUCCUUAAUGCACCUCAGCGCUUCCUUGAGGCCUGCCUAAAUGACGAGUGUGCCUUCUACACUGCCCGCGUCAUGUCUGCCUCACGGCCUUCCGUGCCACGGUGUAAGGAGCCUGUGGCACAAACACUUGAGGCUCAUGAUGCCAUGCACUUUAUACCCAUCUCUGCACCUCUAUCCCCUUUGGAGGGAGGAGAUAACCCUGCAACCUCAUGAAGAUCUCAUAAGACUAUUGACAUAGAGAUGGUGCACUGAAGGUCAUCUUCACCAACACGGUGUUUUGACCCAUCUGCAGCUGCUGCCCCUUUGAUUCCUGUCUCUAGCUCCCAGUGAACCUCGCUAUGUUGCUGAAGCUCCAAAGGGCACAGUUGCAGGACAGACAGGAGCUGGAAGGCCUCUUCAUAACUGUGAUCUGCCCUAGAAAGAAGUGCCUGGUACUUGUGGGAAAUGGACAACCAGCCUCGAGGAAAGGGUGGCUCUUGAAGUACAAGGUCGUGCUGCAGAGGAGUAGACAUACUAAUGCUGUAUUAACUGCAUAUACAUACAUUUUUUUAAAAAGAAUAAUUUAAUAAAUUUUAAUAAAAUGUU